CUGUCAAACUCGUAGGCUGUCAGUCGACAGUCGGGACAGGCUUGGACCAAAAAUCAACGGACGGGCAGUUAAACAUUGGUAGACCAAGGCAGUCCAGAGAAAUGUCUUUUAUACUUGACUGGAUCUACAAGAGCUUCAGCAGUGUCCUGCAGCUAUUAGGCUUGUACAAAAAGAGUGGCAAGCUAGUGUUCCUUGGACUAGACAAUGCUGGAAAAACAACACUCCUGCACAUGCUCAGAGACGACAGGCUUGGACAGCACGUGCCAACGUUACAUCCAACAUCUGAGGAGCUGACCAUAGCUGGGAUGACCUUUACGACGUUUGACCUCGGAGGUCAUACGCAAGCACGAAGGAUCUGGAAGAACUACCUCCCAGCCAUAAAUGGUAUAGUCUACAUGGUGGAUUGUGCUGAUCAUGAGCGACUAGCAGAGGCUAAAGUUGAACUGGAUGCCCUGUUGACAGAUGAUACCAUCUCAAACGUCCCGGUUCUCAUCCUGGGAAAUAAGAUUGACCGUCCGGAGGCCAUCAGUGAGGAUGCACUCAGAGGAAUGUUUGGUCUUCAUGGACAAACAACUGGAAAGGGCAAAGUGUCACUGAAGGAGCUGAAUUUGAGGCCAAUGGAAGUGUUCAUGUGUAGCGUGCUGAAGAGACAAGGAUAUGGAGACGGUUUCCGCUGGCUCUCCCAGUAUAUUGACUGAUACACAUUCUUUUACCACGCUACUUGCGCAAACAAGGACAUGUUAAACACAAAACUACCUGCCAUAAGGAGAUAUUGUAUUAUAUACCAUAUUUAGGACUUCAACUGUGCCGGAAGGAAAUAUGUGUUUUGUGUUAAUAUACCACGUAUUCUUUAUGAGUUCAAAGAAAUUAGUUUGUCAUAUCAAUCAUACCACAGCAAGUCAAAGAUUAAGUUAUGAAUCAUCAGUCUGUAUUGUUCAGAUUGCAUGUGGAGAAUAAUCUUCAUAGUGUGGUUUCCUUUACGUAAAACCUGUAGGGAAUCCUGUCUGCCAUAUAGAACAUGUCAUCACUGUGAACCAGUUUCUUACCCAGGUUUAUUUUUAGCUGCUGGUGUAGACUUACAGUGAAGGUCAAUUUUGUGAACAUUUUGUGCUUGGAGUUACUCUUCCUUGGUUGAGGAUGAAGAUUAUAAUUAUAUCUUUAUAUGUAUCCUACUUCUUUCAAACUAAUGGGAAUCUCAAAGUAACAUAACACUUUUUUCAUAACAGCAUAGUUUUUUUCUGGAAAGUGCUGCAGAGAUUUGCCAUUUUGUGCCAUAUUUGUUAUCAUUGAAGGGUUUACCACUACAGGCCAAUUAUAUGAAUGUGACCACAAGUGCAUUAACUGACAUUUUGCUGCAAAGAGCUUUAUUUAAUUGCACAGAACAGUGUCAAAUAAUUGCAGUAUAUGCUAACUGCAUCAGCACAACCAGGUGAUAAAACAAACUCAGCCUUGGAUGCAAAACUACCUGUUUUCAUGAUGGUUAAUUGCUGUGAAACAACUUGAGUACUUUGUGAUUAGUGGCUGCUCCCAACAUGCAGUCAUAUUAUGAGAGUACUUGAGUGGUGCUCAAAAAUAGGGCAUGCAAAAGAUAUGCAUGGAAUUACCUUUUAGUGCAAUAUUACACAUUAUUUUGUAUAUAAGCUCUUAUUUAUAUUUUGCAAUAAAAAAAUUGGCUUGCCUUAUGUUACAUCAAGCAUCAAGCCCUGAAGUAAUGUAUCUGUUCUGUUACAAAAGGUAGGUCAUAUUGUUAUUAAACGUGUGAAGUUGGAGCAUAAUAAAUAUGUUUUAAAAUC